AUGGAUGGUAUCAAGGUAAAAUGGAUGCUACAUCCUUCGACUGUUGGUAGUGGUAGUGGUGGUGAGAACAACCCAACCACUAGUGUCCCUGCUGCAACCGACAAGCCCAUUGAUGAUGAUGGUGAUAAUUUUGCAAAUGGUUCUUGUGGAUCGUCAAAAAGCUCUAGUGAUACUGGUACGACUCAAACACUAAUGGCUUCAUCGACCUUGUCAGUAUCGCCAUCCAUCACCACAUCGUUGCCUCUCUCGUCCACCCAGUCAAACCUUCCUUCCAUGUCCACCACAGCUAGCAGCUCCGAUGAUGCACAACCUUCAUCAUCAAAUGACAAUAAUGCUGAUGACGAUGUUACAAGUGCACAAUCUGUGAACAGCGAGAGUUCAGCAAGCAAGGUUACCCCUGUUUUGGCCUUUGUAGCGGCAACAUCCUUGGUAUUCUUAAAGCUUAUGUAG